UAACUUUGUUUCAGUUAUUGUAGCAACGACUUGAAAAGAAAAUGGAAGAGAGCAAAAAGGCACUAGCUGAAUUUCUAUCACAGCAAGGUCUCAAAGAUAAAGAUGUGGAAGAAAUAUACUUAUCUAACAAAGGACUCACAAAAAUGUGUGACUUGCAGAGAUUUCGAUUUUUGAAGUAUUUAUGGUUAAAUGGAAAUAAGCUGCGACGAAUCAACUGCCUGCAGGGGAACGCCCAGCUAACCGAGCUGUACCUGCAGGACAAUGCUCUGGUGGACAUCACAGGGGCCUUACACCAGCUGACCUGUCUGAAGACCCUGCUGCUCCACAACAACCAGCUCACCGAUCUCGAGGACAUUGUCAACGAACUCCACAAGAUGCAGAGUCUGGAGACACUAAACCUUUUAAAUAAUCCAGUUGCCCAGGAAACUGAAUACCGAUUCUUUGUGAUCUGUUCACUACCAUCUUUAAAACUGCUGGACAGAAAAGAAAUCCAGAAAUCUGAACGAGAUUUUGCUAGAAAAAUAUACGACCAAAACCAGGAGGAAGUAAGACAGACAAUAGCUUUUGGUCGCCGAUCUCAAGGCCCUCCAGAUCUUUUCUUCCCAUCUGCAGCAGGUGUUAAAAAGAUGCAACCUCGCACUGAUGACUUACAUAUAGAGUCAAAAGAAGUUGCAAACAAUUUUUUAAAAGACUGCACAAUAUAUGAGGAUGUUGAAGAAGCUUUCAAUGUUCGCCGACUUAAAAACUCUGUAAAACUGUACACAUCGUUUGACUGGUCAAAGGUUCCGAGGAUCGAGGAAAGACGACAAGCCGAAACGCCAUUUGACUCGCCAGAGAUUAUCACCCACGUCUACCGAUGAAGAUUUGUACAUACAUAAAUAUAAAUUAAUGAGAAUCUAAAAUAGCAUUAUUGUAUCACAAAUAUGGUUUUAAAAUGUUUUUUAAAGCUAUUCUCUAAAAUAGCGUGUAUGAUCACCAGAGAUUGGGAACCAUGUCCACCUAUGAAGAGUUGUACAUACAUGUAUAUAAAUAUACAAGUUUCUCAAAUUGUAUUAAUGUAUCAUAAAUAUGGUUUUAAAACAAAAAAAGAAGCUAUUCUCUAGUGAAGUGUAAGACCACCAGAGAUUGUCAUCCAUGUCUACUGAUGAAAAUGUGUACAUAUAUACAUAUACGAGUCUCUAACAUUGUAUUAAUGCAUCAUAAAUAUGGUUUUAAACAAAACUAAAAGCUAUUCUCUAGUGAAGUGUAUGAUCACUACCAUUAUGGUGCUGUGUGAAGUAAAUUCUAAUACUUGUUGCUUCGUUGUUUUAUGGAGUAUUCAUUAUAAUAAUAUAUAUUUACAAUUUG